AAGCCUCCGGAGUCACUCUGAAAUAAAUCUAAUACCCAUGAGGUGUAGCAUAACGAUUUUUGGAUAAUCUCAACGGUACAGCCUUUGGAGGUCAAUGUGACGGUCUAUUAUAAUCGUUAUUUUGGGGUGGACAAUAUCGUAGUGGUCUUCGCUCCUUUCUACUUCAUCGUUUCAACCAAUUCGAUACCUUUCGUCGUUAUUCACCCACUGUUGCUCAACUAUCCACCCCCCUGUAUUGGGGUAAUUAUAGCCCUGUGCUAAAAGUAACAAAAGGGAUAUAACUAUAUUUGGCAGACUAAGACUUAGUUCUUGAUGGUAAGGAUCCAUAAAUUCCCAACAACAUAUACCACGGACGCAUAUUUUGUGGUCAUUGUCGUGCUAAGAACUUCAGGGCAUAUUCGGAUGGUGAUGGCUCAGCUAGCCCAGAGGACGUGGGCUAAUUACAGCCCAUCAAAAAGAUUGAGGAGUGAUGAGAGCCGUAUGAGCUUUCUUUCCGAUGACAAAGUUAAAUUUAGAAAGGUCCAAGCACGCAAUUUGCACCCAACCACACCUAACCACACCUUUUCCAAGUUCCUUCCGGAUAGGACCAGUUCGGGUCAAAGGAUCAACGGCCCUCCCAACAAUGCUUCGAACAAAUUGAGAUCUGGGAGAGAGGCGUUGAAGACGGACAGAAAGAUCGUGUCGAUGGCGAGAGCUAUGCUUGGGCUGAGGCGUCUUUGGCGUGAUACCGUGGGAAGGAUUCCAAGAUUCAGUAAUGCGUCACAAAGAGCAACAGCCAGGUUUGAAAACAACAAGCUUCCAAGCUACACAUCUGAACCUAUUACCGCUAUUGGUGGGAGCAAUGAGGUCGUGUUAGCAAACGUAAUAUUGAGAAUAUGUUCAUGGAGCGGCUAG